GUUGCUAGGUAAAGGUGAAGAAAGGAAUGUUGGGGGGGCCAAGCUGGGUGCUGAUUGGCUAGUCCUCACAAUGCAGUAGGGGCAGAGCACGGAACGUAGGAGAGGGUUUCUUUAGACCAGGUAGUCGCUGCCCAGCCGGUCAGGACGUGGGACGCAAGGGGCAAUCCUGCCCGGUUCGCAGGUCCGAGGCGGGCGCGGUGGCCCUUCGGGCCCCGCCCCGCCCCGCCCCGCCUACCGGCAGCCCGGCCACGACCCAAGCGGAGGCCGCGCCGACGCCUGCGCAAUGUAUCCGGAGAGCCACCACCGCCUCCGGUCCCGACUCCGAUGAUGGCGGACGGCGCCGCAGCUGGCGCUGGCGGCAGCCCAUCCUUGAGAGAGCUGCGGGCACGGAUGGUUGCUGCAGCAAACGAGAUUGCUAAGGAAAGGAGGAAGCAAGAUGUGGUUAAUCGUGUUGCAACCCAUUCCUCAAAUAUAAGAUCGACAUUUAAACCAGUAAUCGAUGGAUCCAUGCUUAAAAAUGACAUAAAACAAAGAUUAGCAAGAGAGCGCAGAGAGGAGAAAAGGAGACAGCAAGAUGCCAAUAAAGAAACACAACUACUUGAAAAAGAAAGAAAGACCAAGCUCCAAUAUGAAAAACAGAUGGAGGAAAGACAGAGAAAGCUGAAGGAGCGAAAAGAGAAAGAAGAACAACGGAGAAUAGCUGCAGAAGAAAAAAGACACCAGAAGGAUGAAGCACAAAAGGAAAAAUUUACAGCCAUUCUUUAUCGUACUUUGGAACGGAGGAGACUUGCUGAUGAUUAUCAGCAAAAAAGAUGGUCAUGGGGAGGCUCUGCAAUGGCGAAUUCUGAGAGCAAAACUGCCAAUAAACGAUCUGCAUCUACUGAAAAACUUGAACAGGGUACUUCUGCUUUAAUCAGACAAAUGCCUUUGUCAUCUGCAGGCCUUCAAAAUUCCGUUGCCAAAAGGAAAACAGACAAGGAGAGAAGCUCAUCUUUAAAUAGAAGAGAUAGUAACCUACAUUCGUCUACUGAUAAAGAACAAGCCGAAAGGAAGCCACGUGUUACAGGCGUCACCAAUUAUGUAAUGCAGUAUGUCACUGUACCCUUGCGUAAAUGUACUAGCGACGAAUUGAGGGCUGUUAUGUUUCCCAUGUCGACAAUGAAAAUACCUCCUCAAACAAAAGUAGAAGAGUCUCCCUUGGAGAAAGUAGAGACACCUCCCAAGGCAAGUGUGGAUGCACCCCCCCAGGUGAAUGUGGAAGUAUUCUGCAACACAAGCAUGGAAGCAUCCCCCAAGGCAAGUGUGGGCAUGGCCCCUGAGGUGAGCACGGACUCAUUCCCUGUGGUGAGCGUGGACGUGUCGCCUGUGGUGAGCACGUAUGAUUCUGAGAUGAGCAUGGACGCAUCCCCCGAGUUGAGCAUAGAAGCACUCCCGAAGGUGGACCUGGAAACAGUUCCCAAGGUGAGCAUAGUAGCAUCCCCGGAGGCGAGCCUGGAAGCACCCCCGGAAGUGAGUCUGGAAGCACUGCCAGAGGUGAGCGUGGAAGCAGCCCCAGAGGGGAGCCUGGAAGCACCUGCCAAGGGGAGCGCAGAAGUAGCCCCCAAGGAGAGUGUGAAAGGGUCACCCAAGGAGAGCAUGGAGGCAUCUCCUGAGGCGAUGGUGAAAGCAUCCCCCAAGACAUCCCUUGAAGCAAGCAUGGAAGCAUCUCCCAAGGCAAAAGCGAGAGACGCUCCAAAGAAAUCAGAAAUGGACAAACAGGCCUUAAUCCCUAUUGCCAAGAAGCGUCUAUCAUCAUACACUGAGUGUUAUAAAUGGUCAUCAUCUCCUGCAGAUGCUUGUGGUCUGCCGUCUCCCAUCAGCACUAACAGGCAAAUCCAAAAGAACUGCCCUCCAUCACCAUUACCACUUAUUUCAAAACAGUCACCACAGACUUCUUUUCCUUAUAAAAUAAUGCCUAUUCAACACACCCUGUCUGUGCAAAGUGCAUCAAGUAUUGUCAAAAAGAAAAAAGAAACAGUUUCUAAAACCACUAACAGAUGUGAGGCUUUGAGCCAAAGGCAUAUGAUCUAUGAAGAGUCUAGUAAUAAGAGUACUGCAGGUAUUAUGAAUGCCGAGGCGGCAACAAAAAUUUUGACAGAAUUGCGCCGCCUUGCUCGUGAACAAAGAGAAAAAGAGGAAGAAGAAAGACAACGGGAAGAAAUGCAGCGAAGGGUCAUUAAGAAAUCAAAAGACGUGGCAAAGGAAGCAGUUGGAGGCCAAGCAGAAGACCACUUGAAACUCAAAGAUGGGCAGCAACAAAAGGAGACUAAAAAGAAGAAAGGAUGGCUGGAUCAGGAAGACCAGGAAGCACCACUGCAGAAAGGGGACGCCAAAAUAAAAGCUCAAGAGGAAGCUGACAAACGCAAGAAAGAACACGAGAGAAUUAUGUUACAAAAUUUACAAGAACGGUUAGAAAGGAAAAAGAGAAUAGAAGAAAUUAUGAAGCGGACAAGAAAGACAGAUGUGAAUGCCUCAAAGGUCACAGAAACAUCCAGCCAUGACAUAUAUGAAGAGGCUGAGGCUGACAACGAAGAAAGCGACAAGGACUCAUUGAAUGAAAUGUUUCCAUCAGCCAUUCUAAAUGGCACAGGCUCACCUACCAAAUGUAAAAUGCCGUUCAACAAUGCCAAGAAAAUGACACACAAGCUGGUAUUUCUAGAAGAUGGUACCAGCCAGGUCCGUAAAGAGCCAAAAACAUAUUUUAAUGGCGAUUUGAAAAACUUCAGACAAAAAAGCAUGAAAGACACUUCAAUACAGGAAGUAGUUUCAAGACCAUCUUCCAAAAGAAUGACCAGUCACACAACGAAAACCAGAAAGGCGGAUGAAACCAACACCACCAGCAGAUCCUCUGCACAAACAAAAUCUGAAGGAUUCCAUGACAUCUUGCCAAAGUCCUCAGACACCUUUAGACAAUAAGAGAAGAAGCAAACCUGUUUCUCCUCAUUUGGAAAUCCCAUUCCUCCUUGUGUCUCAUCUGAGCUGGAAACUCUUCACUGCCAAGUCUGGCGCCAGGUCCUGUUGAUCCAUCCAUUGAAACUGUCUACCAGGAUGUUCCUGUUUACAAGGCCAAGGUGAUGGACACUGACCUAGCUUUCCCCUCACGCAUUGCUGCCUCGCAUUUCCCUUCCUGGUAUCCUCUACCCAGAGGGACAGACCCCUGGCCUCUACCAGCAGAUUCUGCAGAUCAGCGCAUUUUCUACGCCUGUGUCAUUGUGGACACUGCAUGUGGAAUGAAGUUUUUUAACAGCUCCAAUCCCUAAAAACCACAAGAAUGCAGUGUGAAAUACCAUAAAGAAUGCCAGACAGGCCCCUGAAGACCUGAACCCAGCUGAGAGGGCUGCUAGCUCACGUGUGACAUUGUGCACGUUGUUGCUCUUCUCUGAUCCCUGUUCCUUGUCUGUCAAAUGAGGGGGCUGUGCUACAAUCUCUGCAGCCUUUUCAGUUUUGAGACUCCACUGUUCUCAAACACCUCUAACUCCUUGGAGCCAGAGCAAGAGGGAUCAGGAGGCAUAAAACAGCAGCGAUGGCCAAGGAGCCAGAGCGUGGAGGCGGACUGUGCGUGACAUUUUAUCAUGUCGGGGCAAUUCCCUGUCAUUUUCAGUGACCCCACCCCUCCAGUGCCUGGCCGGCCUGGUUGGUCAAAACAGGCCCCGAAACAGCCUCCUUGCCUUUGGUCUCCUUACCAGUCCAGUUACAGUGUUUCCAGAUGGGUCCUAGGCACCCAUCUGAUUCUAAUUUCCCCAACUGUAUUGUAAUCAUUGCAGUUAGGUUUACAUGUGCAAUAUGCAAGGUACUUGAUAGGCAUUUUCUUUUUGUUUGUUUUUUUGAGAUGGAGUCUCACUCUGUUGCCCAGGCUGGAAUGCAGUGGCGUGAUCUUGACUCACUGCAACCUCUGCCUCCCAGGUUUAAGGGGUUCAUCUGCCUCAGCCUCCUGAGUAGCUGGGACUACAGGCACACACCACAACACUUGGCUAAUUUGUGUAUUUUUAGUAGAGACAGGGUUUCACCAUGUUGGCCAGGCUGGUCUCGAACUCCUGACCUCAGGUGAUCUGCCCGCCUCAGCCUCCCAAAGUGCUGGGAUUACAGGCAUGAGCCACCGUGCCCAGCCAGGCAUUUUCAAUGCUCACAACAACUCUAUGAGGUGUGGGUAUUCAUUUAUGCCUAUGAGGACACUGAAAUUUGUGGAGAGCAGCAUUUGUUCCAGGUCACACAGCUGGAAAGAGGCAGAGCUGAUAUUCAAACCCAAGUUUGUCCCUCAAACCAACACCCCGCACUGCUUUGGGAGUGGACAUACUGUCUUGAGGCUUGCAGGGUAUGUCACAGACACCAGAGCAGUGUCUUUGGUGCUGGGAAUGAAAUGUUUGUUGGCAUUUAGUGUGUUUACUGGGUGCCAGUCCCCUCACUAAGCACCUGCAUUAUGUCUCCCACAUGGGAUUCUGCAAAGUAGAAAUUUUACGUCUCACAGGUGAAGGAUCAAGCUCAGAGAGGUUAACUUGCCCACAGUCUCAUGACUACAAAGUGGCAGAGCAGCCAGGAUUUGAACCCUGGUAGCCUGGUGCCAGAGCCCACCCUGUUAACCACAAGCGGAGAGGUUCUUGAUAUUCUGAUCCCAUUAAUUAUGAGGGAGAAAAUGUUUCUCUGCUGACAAAUUGUUUGUUAAGGGGAAAUUUACCCUCAUUUCUCCUGAGCCUUAGGGGUGUCACUCUUAAAAUCGCAUAUUCAACAAACAAAUGCCUUCUAAGUACUGA